ACAAUUAUAGAUGCAUAUGGAAUAAUAAUUAUACGAUUCAUUGGAAAUCUAUACAUCUCCACCAGGCGUGAAGUUUCCGAUUUAACUACUAGCCGUAGCGGUAAUUCGCCGGCGGGCGAGUUGUAACGAGGCGUUACACGAAAGAGACUUGUUACAACGACUGUAGCGUGAAAUCGAUUUUUUUCUCUUCCCUUUUUUAAUUAAGACUGGAACGCGUCCCAUUGACACGCGCUCGGGUGUAACUGUGGCGGCGAACAAAACGACGGAACCGUGCAUUCACAAACGUGCGGGGCUCCGGCCGUCGGCCCGCACACCAUGACACCACGCACGUCUCACACGUGCAAUGUAUGACAAUUGGCUACGGUGUGAUACACAGAGAAAUGCUCACGCAUGCGUCUCGCCGGGGCCGAGCCGACGACGGCACCGGCACUCGCAGUUUAUAUAUUAGUUUACAUUAGGACAGAGGCGGACACCGCAAACCGCCGUGUAAACUGCGUUUUCGUGCAACGCGCCCGCGCGACUUUUCUUCGCGCGCCGCCGAGGAAGAAGAUCGUGCGUCGCGUUAUACGUGUGAAUUAAAAAAGAAAAAAAAAGGAAAAAGACAGAACGAACUGUAAUUUUUUUUUUUUCUUUUUCAUCGACGAGUGCCGCUGGAAGUAUGAUCGUCGUUCGAGAAAAUUGAGAUGUAAAUGAAAGCUAAAGACGUGCCGACCGGGAGAGCGACGGAAGGAGACAUAGGAGACGGAAACGCGAAACACGCGGAAUACCGCAGAAGUUUAAUACAGAGUCAAUUCCGCUUGAUAGUAACCAAUCAGACGGCACAGAUCUACGUGCUUCUCUCCCCCGAGCUCUCGCCUGCGGUACGCCAGAGAUAUCCAAUUGAAAUAGUUGCGUUCUGCCGCGCGCCGCAUCUUCGCGCUAAUAUAGACGUCGGCGUGUUUAUCGCUUCACAUGCGUAACAUGCCGCGAUUGCCGUCGACAUUAUUUUACUAAAGAUAAUUCGAAAACAAAGGUGAUGCCUGAGUAAUUUAAUAACGUGAUUCCGAAGACACGACUCUCGUCCCUUCGUCGCUCCGUUUUAAUUUAUUUAUACAUUGACCCUUUAUUUGUUUGUUCCCUUUAAUUAAUUGACGGUGAUUUGCCGCGAAGCGAAGAAACGGCUUUUUCAGACGCGGCUUUUCAGGAGUGGAACCACGUCAACAUGAACAGCAAGAGUGCAUUACUGGUGCAACGAUGGAUGCUCCAACCGCGCGUGCUGCUCGUUCUCAUUUUGCUGCAAUUUAUCAUUCAGUUUUUCACGUCCGCUUAUCUGUAUAAGUACGUCACGAACGUGGAGAGUGAUCUUCGUCUGGUGAAAAGCCAGCAUUCACCGGAGACCGUGGCGAUUCCGCGACGAAGACGGAGCAGCGCGUUGCCGACCGCCGAAGACAACGCCGUUUCUGACAUAGCCAGUCGGAUUCGAGACGACAAGGAAAUUCAGGGUACAAAGAAGGUAACCGCCUCCCCGAUGGUAUCCGGCUCCGCGUCCUCGCCAACGGCGGCCGGAGGUCAGGACUGGGUCUGGCUGAGCGCCGACACGCGAAUACAAUUGGACGCAAUCGAGAAUUUUUGUCGUUCGUCUGCCAAAUAUUGUCCACCGGGUCUUCCGGGUACGCCCGGAAAUCCGGGUCCGCCUGGCGAACCAGGUUUGCCUGGUAUCCCGGGGACGGAUGGACCUCCAGGACAACCCGGCCAUCCUGGUGUUAGGGGACCCAAAGGUGACAUCGGGCCACCAGGAUUCGAUGGGAGGGACGGGAUACCGGGUGAGCCAGGUUUGGAUGGCAUUCCCGGUAGAAGUGGUCUGGACGGUGUACCCGGAAGCAAUGGUAAGCCGGGUUUGAAUGGAUCGCCUGGACUGCCUGGAAGAAAUGGAACGGACGGAAGACCAGGUCAAAUGGGACCUCAAGGACCACCAGGACCUCGGGGAGAAAUAGGUCCGCCCGGUGAAGCGGGACAGCCGGGAAAAGAUGGCAAACCGGGUAUACAGGCAUACAGGGUGAACAAUAAUGAUCGAGACACGAGAACAAGAGAGAACGAGAAUGGUUUAUUAAUACCGCCAUCCAUCUUAGAGACAUCGUCAAACACAACUGACGUGAUUUCCGUGCUAGAAGGCAGCAAAAUACGACUGAAAUGUAUCGCGACUGGCAAACCACAGCCCGAAGUACAGUGGACCAAAAUAGACGGUUCCAUGAUACCCAUGGGCGCCUGGCAUGUGAGCUCUGUUACGGGCCAUUCGUUCAACAUUAGCGUGGUGAAUCGGGAACACAUGGGCGAUUAUAUGUGUAACGCUGACAACGGAAUACCUCCAAAACAAUCUAAGAAGUUCAAGCUUCUAGUUAGAUUUGCGCCGUUCAUUCGUAUACGCAACCAAGUGGUGCUCGUGCGAAAUCAAAAUCCAGCGACAUUGGAAUGCGAGGUGGAAGCCUUUCCCGAGCCGAUGGUACACUGGGAACGCAGCGAUGGUCGCCGUCUGAAAAUGUCGGAUAAGUACAGAACGGAAGUUUACGACAAACGCGAUAAUUACAAGCUGAAGAUGAAGCUGAGAAUCACGAGGGUGACUACUUCGGAUCACGGGACUUAUCACUGCGUGGCGAAGAACGAGCUUGACGUUGUCAAGGGAUCCUUUAUAGUGGACGACGACAUGAGGGGCGUCGAGAAGCUCAAGUUAGGGAAGGAGCAGCACGUUACGUACGGUCGUCCCAUGCCCGUGAGCGUCGAUCAGGAGCAAGAAUUGUGCGUCCCGCAGGAAACCUGCGCAACGUGUCCAAGGUGCACGUACACAGACGCGGACCACGUUCACGUUCACCCGUUGAAAGAUAUUAACAAUACGCGGCUGCCGCAGCGGUUAGCCGAGGGUUUGAUAGAGGCCGUAGGGAAGCCCGUGCUGAAAGGGAGCAUGGACGACUACUACGGGAGCUGGAUGCACGACGCGGCACGUCAGGACGCCAUGCCAGACAGACUUUGGGUCACUCGCCACAACGACACGUCCUACAUCUACGAGUACAAAUCGAAGGAGUUCUUCAAAAAAGAUACGGGUCGCGUGACGAUAAAAUUACCCAUUCCCUUUCAGGGUAAUGAACAUGUAGUUUACAACAAGUCAUUCUUCUACAAUCCUUUUAAUCGAUCAACGGUUUUCCGAUACGAUCUCUCCUCGGAUCGCAAGUGCACCGAACUCAAUCCCAAAAAUGUAAAAUGCGAGCUGGAGCUUCCGCGCUUGCACGUCGAUAGGGAGAACUUUCUCUACACACGCAAUUUCACUUAUGUGGAUUUCAACGUAGACGAAAAUGGUUUGUGGGUCAUUUACGCGUUGCCAAUGAACAAUACGGUGGUGGUGAAAAUAGAUCCCGCUAAAAUGAUGAUUCAGUACGCGUGGAAUAUCAGUAUCGAUCAUCGUCGAUUCGGAGAGAUGUUUAUUGCGGGAGGUGUGCUUUACGCUAUUCACAGCGUUACCGACGACACUAUGAAAAUAGGAUUCGCCUUCGAUCUGUUCAAAAAUACGACGGUGAAUAUAGACUUGUCGUUCACGAACCCGUACCACAAGACCACGGCGGUUAGCUAUAAUCAUAAAACUAAGGAGCUCUACACGUGGAACAAGGGCAACCGAUUAGCCUACCCCGUGAAAUACCGUGAGGAAAUGACAGGAGGAAACUGAGAGGAAACCGUCUUCGCGAUAUACGCGAGUGCCAUGAAGAAAUAGCGCGUAGGAGCUGUUGCUAAUCAUCGUGGGAACGUUAAUUAAAUAAGUUGGACGUACGAGUUUCUCUACUUUCGAGCCUCCUCGAGCGCGUAUUUAUCUUGUACCACAUGCCAAAAAAUAAAACAAUUUAAACGAGA